GUCGUUCGUUCAGCGAGCACGUGUCUACCGUGGGUUUAAUAAAUUGCGAUCUCGGUAUAGAAAUCCAGAUUUUUGUUCUUAUUUCAAUUAUUUUUUUUUAAAUUAUUUUUAAGUGUUGAUUCUCCAAUUCUUCGAACCAUUGUAAUAUUUUGAUUUAGUUCCUAAAAUACAUAACAAUAAAUCUUACAGAUAAAAGUGUAAAUAGUGCACCAAAUUUAAAAUAAAUACAUAGAUAAUAUUGUGAAAAUAAAUUUGUGUUAAAUUUAUAAAUACUUACUAACUGAACAAUUUGUUGUUUUUUUUUGUUUUUUGUUAAAAGAAGAACAUAAAUAUAUAAAUUUAAUAAGCAGCAACCCAAUUGGAUAAUAUUGGAAGAAUUUUUAUUUGAUCUGAAGAUUGAGCUGAGAAGAUAUUGCUCCAGGAUGUGGAGCCCGCAGAAAGGUCCUACACGACUGUGGGACCUUAGCCUUAGUCUUAUAUUUAUUUUACAAUUAAUGUUUAGUUUAGUAAUAGCUGGUAAUGAAAUAUGGCCUCUGGAAAGGCCGGACGGUAUGCCAAACAUAGUUUCCUUAGAAGUAAUGUGUGGGAAGGAUCAUAUGGACGUGCAUUUAACAUUUUCUCAUCCGUUUGAGGGAAUCGUCAGCUCAAAAGGACAACAUAGCGAUCCACGUUGUGUAUACGUGCCUCCAUCUACUGGUAAAACUUUCUUCUCCUUCAGAAUAUCAUAUUCACGCUGUGGCACUAAGCCUGAUUUACAUGGCCAAUUUUAUGAGAAUACGGUGGUCGUUCAGUACGACAAAGACCUACUUGAGGUUUGGGAUGAAGCAAAACGCCUCCGAUGUGAGUGGUUUAAUGACUACGAGAAGACCGCAUCUAAGCCGCCGAUGGUAAUUGCAGAUUUAGAUGUAAUCCAACUCGAUUUUAGAGGUGACAACGUCGAUUGCUGGAUGGAAAUUCAACACGGCAAAGGACCAUGGGCACCGCCAGUAAGUGGCAUCGUGCCACUGGGAUCGACACUUACACUUGUUGUGGCCAUCAAUGACUAUCGCGGUGAGUUUGAUAUGCGCGUUAAGUCAUGCGUCGCCUCUGAUGGAUCUGGUCAUAUCAUAAAGCUGUCAGAUGAAUUCGGAUGUGUCUUGCGCCCCAAGAUGAUAUCCCGAUUCUUGAAGGCCCGAGCUCCGGAUGAGCGUGCAACUGUUAUAACGUACGCAUUUUUCCAUGCAUUCAAAUUCCCCGAUGCACUGAGUGUGCACAUCAAAUGCAAAGUCGAGAUUUGCCGCCACGGUUGCUUGGAUCAUUGCCAACUUAAUGGAAAUGUCCAUGAACGCAAGGACAUCGUUAGCACUGAAACGGAGGAUGACAGCAAUGCAGCAAGUAGUAAUAACGAGCUACAUAAUGUCAUCGGCGCUGGACCAUCUGAAGGUGAUCGUGAUCAUGAUAUUUUCUAUGACGACAUCAUUCACAACCGCAAGCAAUUGUCUUCGAUCAACAAUGGCAUCGCAAAUAUGCUGGACAACUUUAAGAUGCACGAAAAGAACAACAAUGUGAACUUAGAGCCACGCCCAGUGCACGAGGAAGAAGACGAUGCUGACUUAGACUCUUUGUUUGAGAACGACGAUGAGGUGGAAAAGGAACAGUACAUGGAACUUAAGAAGGCCGGAAAGUUCCCUCAAGGGCCGAGACUUUUUGAAGCUCAAAAUCGCAUGGGUGUGCCCGUAGCUGGGCCACGUUCGUUGGAACCAAAGACCGAUGAUGAUCUUCGACCUGUUUACAAAGCGUCAAGUAAGGAAGACGAAGAUGAAGCUAAUAAUGCUACCGAAAGUACCGAAGAACCGGAUGUGAAGAAUAGGCGCCGUAGGCGUUCGAUUGUUGUUUCCGACCGUAAAGCUAGGAGUGCCGAUGUUGGGGUUAGUGGUCUGUACGACGUUAUAUCUGAAGCCGAUCUGGCUUUCAGUCCAGAUACCAAACAAGAAGCUGUUACAGUUUUCCAGGGUAAAAUAUCUGAAGACGUGGUUUAUGGCAUUUGUAUGCCAGUUCCAGGAUUCAGCAUUCUAUUUAUCGUAGUCGUCUCUGCCACCAUAGUCUCGGCUCUUAUCGCUGGUUCACUUCUCUAUCGAUACCAGUUGCAGAAGGAAGCUUUAGAAAAACAAACUCCACUCCCGGUGGGUUCGCUGGCUUCUUGGAUGACCUUGCGGCUUUUCCGAAUGCGUCACGAGGGAGUAGUCGUCCCACCAAAUCAAUCACCAGUAGCGACAGCAGCAGCUAUUGUCCAUGAAACUCCACAAUAAAACCAACAAGCUGCCUGCUACCCUUUCCAAUACGACGAAAAUGGACUGAUUUAAAAUUAUAAUUAAUUAACUUGAAAGACAAAAACUUUUUAAGUUUUAUUUAUUGUUUUAUUAUUUUUUUAUUUCUUAAUAAUUUUUCGGGCGAAAAUGCAAUAAGAAAUGUAUGUUCUUCGAUAACAGUUUUAAUACUUAAACACAAAAUAAGUUUUCUCUUCCUUUUUCUUGACAUUCUUAAACUAUUUUAAAUAAAAGGUUAGACUUAAGGGCUAAAACAAAAUAAUUAUUAUAAUUUGCUACAAGAUAAUGUUUGGUGCUCGAUUGGUGCAUUUUAACUUACAAAACUAAUUGUUUGUUCAUUUGUAGUGCUAUUUGAAUUUUAUAAACAACAAUAAAACAAAAAAUAAAAAAUAGUGUUUUUGAAAUCACCUAAUGAAAUUACAAAAUUACGGAAUAAUUCAAUAAGUUUUUCAUAAAAACAUGAAGUUGUUAGUCUAAGAUCGAAAAUACAAAUUAUUUAUUUUUAUCAUAAUUAAGAUGCGAAAUUAUAAUUGUGACAAUAAACAAAAAAAUGGAUUAUAGUUAUUCAACAAUGGACUUUCUACAAAUAAAAAAAUUUAGUAA